CUCAUCUACAGCUGUGUGGCCAUAGUAGUAUACCUUCCACAGCUGUCAGACAUAUCAACAUGUCGGCCACGCCCGGCAACGAUUUACCGGGUGCUUUCCCUGCAGACACCACAACCGAUACUCAUGACGGACAUCAACGCAACAAAUUACACAAGCGGAACGACCCUCGCGGCUGGGCUGACAAUGACAGCACCCCUCGCACCGGCACUGGCUCUGGCAUUGCAGGCUCUCACGCUCGUGAUUCCUCGCUAAACGUCCCGGGUGAGAACUAUACACUGGGCUCAAGCAUUGACGACAAACCUUCACCAGCCUCGGAGCAGCGCAGCAGAUUUGACACGCCUGACCGCAUUCACAACCAGGGUCAGCCUACCUCGACUGAAGAGGUCGGAAAUCCCACCGAGGACUCUGUCACCACUGUUAAGCGCGACGAAUCAUCCAAUGAAGGCGGCUUGGCCUCAGGCGAUGGCACCGCUUCCACAAUUGGGUCAGAUAAUAGAGCAUCAGCUGGUCAUGAUGAGACACCGACCAAUGACGAUCACAACGUUGUCCGCGGGGGCAUCAGUAACAAGUCCAACGCGGACAAUUCAGAACCAUACUGGGGUGACAUUCCUCGUGGCGCCGGUACGUACAAUACUGUAGUCGGUCAUGGCAGUGCCGAAGACUCUGUCGAGGGUCACCCACCUCACCGCGAAUUCCCACUCUCUACCGGCACACACGGCCACAACACCCAUGACACCGUUACGGGAACCUCAGCUGGUGACACGGCGACCCAUAACUCUGCGUUGACUUCUGGAUCUCCAACAGCUGGACAAGGGACAUACAACACCGUUGUUGGGCACGGCAGCCGCGAGGAUCCUGCCAAGCAGAGCACGGUUCCGGGUUCUGCAGCGGCAACUGCAUCCGAUCGUGAGCCCAAGGACAGUCAUCACAAGGAAAUCGCAGCUGGUGCAGGGGCGGCCGGAAUCGCGGGCUAUGCCGCCAACAAACAUACCUCCAAGGAAGGCGAGACUGUUGACUCGUCCAAGAGACGCUCUCACGAGGACAAAGAGCACGAGCACGGUGGCCCCUUCCAUCAUGAGCACAAGCAUGAGUCUUCCAAGCAUGAGAAAAGUUCGCACGAGAAGGAUCAUAAGCCCGAAAAGACUAAGAGCGAUAGCGAUAAGAAGUUCUUUGGCGUUUUCGGGCGAAGUAAAAAGGACAGUGACGACAGGGAGCACUCGACAGCGACCACGGCAGCUACCCGCGAGGCCCAAGAGACAUCGACGACAAACCCUACCACAUCUGGCCUGCGCAAGGAGAACGAAAGCCAUCUAGGUAGGGAUGCUACCCUGGCGGGAGCUGGACUAGCUGGUGCUGGGUAUGCGGGCCACAAGCAUGCCACAAAAGACGAUGAGCACGACGGCAAGCAGCACGGCCAGGACACUUUGCGUCGGAAGGAAUCUCCAAAGGACAAGUCUGGCUCAAAAUUGCAUGGCAUUUUCCAUCGGAAUAACAAAGACAAGGAGACCUCUUCCAAGCGCACGACUUCCACCACCCCGCCAGACGCAGCCCAUUACUACAACGACAAGCAGCCAGCACAUGUCGUUUCGGAGCUGGAGCGUCGCGGCAAGGCCAACCCUGGGGAGAGCGUCCCCUACGGCGAAUCUACUGCAGGUGCUACGACCUUGCAGCAGAGUGGCACUAGUCAGCCAGGUCGUUCCGGUGCCCAUGACACUCUUGGUUACGCAGGUAUGGGGGCUGCUGCUGCCGCUAUUCCUGCAACAGCGCACGCCAGCCACAAGCAACACGAGCAGUACGGCAAUUCUCCCACGUCUCAGCCUUCAUCUGGUCAUGGCAGCUCGCAGCACAAUACCUUGGCAUCAGGGCCGGCAGGCGUCAGUGCUGCGUCCCACAGUAGUACUCAACCCACAUCCAGUGAAUACAGUGGGCAAGAUACUCGCUUGUCGUCCGGAGCAGCUCCCGGUCUAGGUGCUACGACCCACAGUACCAGCGCCCGCGACACCACCGCAGCAGGUCGUGGUGAUCAGUAUGACCACCUCUCUUCUGGCACCCCGUCUGGAAUUAGCGCCGGGGUAUAUGAUUCCAGCACGGCUCGGUCUCAGCCGGCUUCUGGAGCGCGGGGCGAUCAGUAUCAACAUCUCUCUUCUGGCACCCCGUCAGGAGUCAGCACCGGGGGACAUGACACCAACACGGCUCGCUCUCAACCGGCCUCUGGGGCACGUGGUGAUCAGUAUGACCAUCUUGCCUCUGGCACCCCGUCAGGAGUUAGUGCUGGUUCCUACACCCACACCACUCACUCGCAGCGGGCCUCGAGUGCGCGUGGCAACCAAUAUGAUCACCUGGCUUCUGGCACUCCUUCCGGCGUCAGUGCUGGUGCACCUACGAGUGCUGCCGGCACCUCUAGCAGCGCUUUUGCAGCUGAGAAGCAACCUGGUCAAGACAGGAAUAACCUCGCAUAUGCCGGAGCAGGUGCUGCGGGCGCUGGCGCUGCGGCGUACGGUGCUCAUAAGGUGCACGAGCAUCACAGCAGCAAAACCCAGCCGUCCACUGCGUCCAGUCUAAGCCCGAACUCCUCCGCGCAGCGUCCAUCUGGUGCAGGGGAUCGGCACACCUCUGUGGCCAGCAACUCCCCUCCCGGACUUGGUGCCGGUGCACCUCACUCUGUGUAUGGACCUCCCAAGGAUCAAGAACACCGUCUGCAUGGGCUUGAUGAUUCAGGUGCAAAUUCUCGUGCUUCUGCCCUUUCUCGUUCCUCCCAGGACUCAAGCAAGGGAGGCCAGUACAAUGUACUAUCGUCUGGAACUCCAUCCGGCAUCAACAUCGGCAAGACAACGUCCCACUCCCACCCACAGCAGGACAACACGCAGCGAUCCACGGCUGUUCACGAUCCUCUGACCAGCUCUUCCCAGAGCACUAACCCGAGCAGGAUGGCUCAGGCCGGCGCUGCUGCCGCUUUCGCAGGUGCAGGCGCCGCUGGGUAUGCUACCACCCGUGACAAGGAUCGUUCAACCUCCUCAGCCCCGACGACUACCACCACGAGCACGGCCACUGGAGGCAGAUCAUACGACGAUGUCAUUGCUCGUGCUCCCGAACGUCAAGCUGCCAGUGGAACCGGCGGCAACGAUGUUCACGGUCGCAACAUCAUGUCCGGGAAUGAGCGCAAGAUUGAUACAUCGACAGACCCGAACGCGGGCUCGGCUGCAUACGACAACAAGCCUUCUGGCCCUGGACAGCCUUCGGGUGCAGGCAGUGUCUUCACUGGUGCGGCCGUUGGCCCUGGUAUCGCCCGGCAUUUGGGCAAUAAUAACACAACUAGUGGUGGGAGUGGAUUGAGCAAGCCUGUCAUGCACACGUGCACCGAGUGCGGCAAGCAGAAUGACAUCUCGAAGUACUUUUCAUCAGACAAGGAGGUUGCGCGUCACUGAUACGAGUCUUUCCACCUCCAAACGGAUCGAGGCUGAAAUAGUUGAGCCAUGCAUUUAAUACAUGCUGCGGCAAGUAUGCGAGUACCGAGCCGCGCAUCAUGCUUUCAAGGAAACAGCUUGACUCUUCAUUCACCUUUAAUCGUUCUUCUUACUCAGCUCAAGAAGAACACGGCCGUCGUGCGAAAUGAAGUUACUGUAGCUCGGAUACGAACACGAAGUAAUGAUUUCUGCAAUUGGCUCACAAGCACUGGCCGUUCUCCUUGCUUGGUCCUAUGUGAAAGGCU